UCGGGGCUGCGCCCUGGGAUCGGCGGGGCCGGCUCCGGGGCCCGGCGGCUGGCGGAGGGCGGGAGGGGAGGAGGCGGAGGGCCGCGCCGAGCCAGGUGCGCACGUCCGCGCCGGCGCUGGGCUCGCUCGGCCGGCGGGGAGAGAGCGGAGCAGGCGCGCGGCCCGGCGGAGCAGCCGACUCUGGAGCAGCCGGAGCUGGAGGAGGAGGAGGAGGAGCGGCGGCGGGGAAGGAGGAGGAGGAGGCGGAGAGUCGCUCCCGCCGGCCGAGCAUGGGGCGCCCGGCGCCGAGGCCGCUGCUGCUGGCGCUCCUGUCGCUGGCUGUCUGUCGCGGGCGUGUGGUGAGAGUCCCCGCGGGCACCCUGGUCCGAGUGGUAGGCACAGAGCUGGUGAUCCCCUGCAACGUCAGCGACUAUGAUGGCCCCAGCGAGCAAAACUUUGACUGGAGCUUCUCGUCUUCGGGGAGCAGCUUCGUGGAGCUCGCCAGCACCUGGGAGGCGGGCUUCUCGGCACAGCUGUACCGGGAGCGGCUGCAGCGGGGUGACAUCCUGUUGAGGAGAACUGCCAAUGACGCUGUGGAACUGCAUAUAAAGAAUGUCCAGCCCUCAGACCAAGGCCACUACAAGUGCUCAACCCCGAGCACGGAUGCCACUGUCCAGGGCAACUAUGAGGACACAGUGCAGGUUAAAGUGCUGGCGGACGCCCUGGUGGUAGGCCCCAGCUCCCGGCCUCCUCCGAGCCUGAGCCUGCGUGAGGGGGAGCCCUUUGAGCUUCGGUGCAUCGCAUCUACCGUGUCGCCGCUGCACACCCACCUGGCGCUUCGGUGGGAACUGCACCGUGGCCCCGUGCACCGCAGCAUCCUAGCCCUAAGCCACGAGGGCAGGUUCCAUACAGGCCCUGGCUACGAGCAGCGCUACCACAGUGGGGACGUGCGCCUGGACACAGUGGGCAGCGAUGCCUACCGCCUCUCCGUGGCCAGGGCGCUCUCUGCAGACCAGGGUUCCUACCGGUGUGUGGUCAGCGAGUGGAUCACGGAGCAAAGCAACUGGCAGGAGAUCCAGGAAAAAGCCGUGGAGGUGGCUACCGUGGUGAUCCAGCCAACAGCUCUGCAAUUGGCUGUGCCCAGGACAGUGUCUGUGACUGAAGGAAAAGACCUGGACCUUUCUUGCAACAUCACAACAGACCGUGUGGAUGACGUCCGGCCAGAGGUGACAUGGUACUUCAAGAAGUCACCUGAUACCCCCUUGCUUGCCUCCCACAUGCUGGCUCGGCUGGACCGUGAUUCUCUGGUACACAGCUCACCGCAUGUUGCUCUCAGCCACGUGGAUACCCGCUCCUAUCACCUACUGGUGCGAGAUGUUAGCAAAGAAAACUCAGGCUACUACCUUUGCCUUGUGGCCCUCUGGGCUCCCGGACACAAUAGGAGCUGGCACAAGGUUGCGGAGACCAUGUCUGCCCCGGCCGGCGUAAGCGUGACCUGGCUAGAACCAGAGUACCAGGUCUACCUGAACGCUUCUAAGGUCCCUGGCUUUUCAGAUGACCCCACGGAACUGCAGUGCCGGGUGGUGGACACGAAGCGUGUGGAGGCCGGUGUCCGACUCGCUGUGUCGUGGUACUACAGGAUGAACCGUCGCAGCGAUGACGUGAUAGCCAGUGAGCUUCUUGCAGUCAUGGACGGGGACUGGACUCUGAGAUACGGAGAGAGGAGCAAGCAGCGGGCCCGUGACGGGGAGUUUAUUUUUUCUAAGGAGCACACAGACACGUUCAGUUUCCGUAUCCAAAGGACUACAGAGGAAGACAGGGGCAGUUAUUACUGUGUCGUGUCUGCCUGGACCAGGCAGAGAAACAACAGCUGGGUGAAGAGCAAGGACGUCUUUUCCAAGCCCGUCAACAUAUUCUGGGCCUCAGAAGAUUCUGUGCUUGUGGUGAAGGCCCGGCAGCCGAAGCCUUUCUUUGCUGCGGGGAAUACAUUUGAGAUGACUUGCAAAGUGUCUUCCAAGAAUAUUAAGUCACCACGCUACUCUGUUCUCAUCACGGCUGAGAAGCCUGUUGGAGACCUCUCCAGUCCCAAUGAAACCAAGUACAUCAUCUCCCUGGACCAGGAUUCCGUGGUGAAGCUGGAGAACUGGACCGAUGCAUCUCGAGUGGACGGUGUCGUGUUAGAGAAGGUCCAGGAGGAUGAGUUUCGGUACCGAAUGUACCAAACUCAGGUCUCGGAUGCAGGGCUGUACCGCUGCAUGGUGACGGCCUGGUCUCCUGUUGGGGGCAGCUUGUGGCGAGAGGCAGCGACGAGUCUCUCCAACCCUAUUGAGAUUGACUUCCAGACCUCAGGUCCCAUAUUUAAUGCCUCCGUGCAUUCAGACACGCCAUCCGUCACCCGGGGAGAUCUCAUCAAAUUGUUCUGUAUCAUCACUGUCGAAGGAGCUGUGUUGGACCCAGACGACAUGGCCUUCGAUGUAUCCUGGUUUGCAAUACACUCCUUUGGCUUGGACAAGGCUCCCGUCCUCCUAUCCUCCCUGGACCGGAAGGGAGUCGUGACUACGGACCAGAGGGACUGGAAGAGCACUGUCAGCCUGGAGCGAGUGAGCGUGCUGGAAUUCUUGCUACAAGUGCAUGGCUCUGAGGACCAGGACUUUGGCAACUACUACUGUUCUGUGACUCCGUGGGUGAGGUCACCGACAGGUUCCUGGCAAAGGGAAGCUGAGAUCCACUCCAGGCCCAUCUUUAUAACUGUGAAGAUGGAUGUGCUGAACGCCUUCAAGUACCCGCUGCUGAUCGGCGUGGGCCUGUCCACCGUCAUCGGGCUCCUGUCCUGCCUCAUCGGGUACUGCAGUUCCCACUGGUGCUGUAAGAAGGAGGUACGGGAGACCCGGAGGGAGCGUCGCAGGCUCAUGUCCAUGGAGAUGGAUUAAGCAGCCGGGAUGGACGGACCGAGGACCGUAGUAGGAGUGGUGGGGGUGAGAAGAGGACAGUGACGUUUGAAAACAAAGCGUGUUACACUAAAACCAGUCCUCUCUAAUCUCAGGUGGGACUUGGCGCUCUCUCUUUUCUGCAUGUCAAGUUCUGAGCGCGGACAUGUUUACCAGCACACGGCUCUUCUUCCCACGGCACUUUCUGAUAUGUAACAAUCGAGUGUGUGUUUCCCCAGCUGCAGCUUCUUAAUGGUUAACCCUGGUCUAAUUAGUUUUCUCCUAGCGGCUUAUCGAUCCUCUGAUUUGUGUGUGUUGAUCACUUUUGGUUUGAGGGGUUGUGGUGAGGAAGGGCGUAGGCUUUCGGUGUUGGUCAUCAUGAGCGAGAGGGUACCCGCCCACCUGAAAGCCAGCAUCCACGAGGGGCCAGCAUCUGAAGAGCUGCUAUGAUACUCUGCCCGUCACCCUGGCCCGGAGCUGACACAGACCUGUGCCAAGGCAAGCCGUGGCUUUGACUACCCUGCCCAUCCCCCAUUUUCAGGAGUUUAAACUGUACUGGAACCUAAGCUCAAGUCUGUAACUUCCUGACCCAUACGCCUUUUGUUUCCCCGUCUCCUCUCCCCUUUUCCGUUUUCGGGUUUGUUUCUGUGAGAGUGAGGAAACAGCAGCCCUGGAGUCUAGAGUUUGGCUUUCCACCAAGCACCUUAUCUCGCCACCUUAGCCUUAAGAAUGAGUAUGAAAAAAAAAAAAAAAAUCCACCUCCACCUCUGUCCAGGGUAGAAGGUCUGUGAAGAGGACACUGGGGCAAGGAAGGGAGUAGAUCUCGCGCUCUCUGGUAGCUCUGAGGCCCUGUGCCCCAGGGACCCCAGGGAGAGUAGGAGCAGAGGGCAUCUGAAGGGUGCAGCUGUUCCAUGAGGGGCACUGUCCCUGGUUGCCACGGGACCUGCAAGGGAGCCACAGAUGGGCCACACUGAGCUCCCUCACACAGAGGCAGAUUGCUGCCUGCAAGACUGACUGACUUCAAGGGAUCAGAAAUUGCCCAGAACAAGUAUGUGUUUUCCGUGACCUUUUCCGUCCUUGAAGUCUUUUUCAGAUCCCUGCAGGGGGUAGUGAAGAGGGAUAUACUUUGUGGACGUUAGCUUUCCUAUUAGAAACAGAAGGGAACCCAGCAAUUUCCUGUUAUGUGAAUGGCCUGUAAAAUAGGGUUGAGAGCUGCUGUCUUGUGCCUGACAGGGCCCAGCAGGAACAAGACAUCGGACAGACAUACCUUCCAGGUCCCCAGUGCCUGCUGCAUCGGGGCUUCAGCCACCCCAAGUCUCUCAGCCCAGCAUAACACUGGCCUUCCACAAGCCCCUUUUCCCCCCCGGGCGCUGGGCUCACCUACAGGUGCUCCACUCCGCCCUCUGGCUCUGAAGGAUUCAACAUUGUUGUCUUCCAAAUUGGGGGGUGGGGGGGAGAAGAUUCCUUCCUCUUGAGCAAUAAAGUAAUAGAAAAUGAUGGCCAUUCAUGUGCAGCUCUUUGUCACCAUGGGCCACUCCCCACCUUCUCUCCAUGUGGCCCACAAUGGCCUCUAUUUCUCUGCUUGUUUUUGUCCACCUCGGGACUAUUCCUGUGAUGGAGUCUGAGCCGGCUGCUCUAGCCCAGGUGGGGUCCAGGUUUACAGUUGGUAACAAGCAAAGGGACAGCAGGUGUACCCCACCCAAGCAAGAGAGGCCAGAGGGAGAGGGAAGGCCUCUUGGCAGGUGUGGGUGUUUCUGCUUCCUUAUUGCUAGCUCCCAGGUGGGCCACAGGUGACUGUUCAAACAGGAAUUGGAGAAGCAGAAGCAGGGAUUUUGUUAGUAUGGGCCUAUGAGCCCAUGCAGUUACUGAAGAAGAUUCAGGGUCAUCGUAGUACAGCCCUCCUUAGGAGGAGGGAAGAGACGCAGUCCUGGAUGAGACGAGGCACUGGGUGUACGUAAAGCCACAGACAGGUCCAAGCAGGCACUUGAUGGUGAGACAGGAGUGUUCAGGCCUACCUUUCUCUUUUCAACUGAUGUUGAGAUCAUGCCCAAACCCCCAAGUUGCUUAGGGCUAGGAGAGGGGCGAGAAGCCCCAGGACCUAGCUCACCCUGAGAAUAUUACCGUUCUGGGGCAUGUGUCUUUUCAAGUGUGGUCUAGCACUCUUGAUGUACCAAAUAGGGUUCCUCAUGAAGUGCUUCCUGAGGCUCCCAGCCUGCAGCACUGGUGUGAGGGAGGGAGAGGCCAAACCAGGCCUUGGCAUAUGAAAUUGCACUUCUUAAAGAGAAACUUUAUAGAAGGUCGGGUUUUUUUUCCCCCUAAUCGCAAAAAUCCUCCCACCCCACCCCCCGAAAGAGCCUAAGCUACAUUCAGAUCGAAGCCUCAAAAUUACUUUAAAUUGUUUACUUUAUGAUGUUUACACAAGACAACACGAUUCACUUUUUUAAAAAAUAAGAAAAACGCAAACUCUGGCUUUUUAACAACUUUUCCAAUUUUUCAUGCAUGGGAUCUGCUGGCACCCUGACUCACCAGCCGCAUCAAACCCUCAUUUAGAAAUGUCCCGAUGUGUGUCCCCGUCCCAGCCACAGGCUCCCUCCUGCCCAGACCUCUGUCUGUUUCUCUGGUGGCUUUUGCCUCCUGCUUUGCAGGCCGCCUGCAGCCAUGACUUUGUUAGGGCAUCUGUGAGCCAAAGACUGCGCCUUCGGAGCAGGAACAAUAAGCAAUACUAGACGACUUGCUACUUUCGGGGGAAUUUUUUUUUUUUUUAAGCUUCACUGAUGACAACAGAGGAAGAAGGGAACUGGGGUUUAGGUAAGUUCUCCUCCGCUGUGUGACCAGAUUCUCAGUGACACACAUUUGUGCAGAUCACUUGGAGAACAAGGUUGGUUUUCUUUUCUAUUAUAUGACACAAGGAUCUGCAGACUUUUCCGUAGACGAAGAGAGGGUCUUGUGUAUUUUUUGUCCAUACUCAGUGUUCUACAAACUAAUUGUGCUGUUUUAUACUGUGGCCACAAAUAUUAUGCAAUGCACCAAUUGUUUUUGUUUUUAAUUUCAUUAAAGGAAGUUUAAUUUAAA